GAAAUCAUGAUGAGAAACAUUAAUGUAGUGUUUUGCAUGGUAAUCUUUCUCUCAUGGGUUUUGGCGGCGACAGCCAUUGUCUCUUACGACAGCAAAGCCAUCCUCAUUAAUGGAAGAAGAAGACUUCUCAUAUCAGGCUCCAUUCACUACCCGCGAAGCACUCCUGAGAUGUGGCCUGAGCUUAUUGAGAAGGCUAAAUAUGGAGGCUUGGAUGUCAUCGAGACCUAUGUCUUCUGGAAUGGCCAUGAACCUUCUCAAGGACAAUAUAAUUUCCAAGGAAGGUAUGAUAUAGUUCGCUUCAUAAAACUAGUCCACCAAGCAGGUCUUUACGUGACUCUUCGAAUUGGCCCUUACGUAUGUGCUGAAUGGAAUUUAGGAGGCUUUCCUGUUUGGCUGAAGUACGUUCCGGGCAUUGAAUUUAGAACUGACAAUGGGCCAUUCAAGUGGGAGAUGCAAAAGUUUACAUAUAAGAUUGUCGAUCUAAUGAAGGCAGAAGGGUUGUUUGAACCUCAAGGGGGCCCUAUAAUUCUAGCUCAGAUAGAGAAUGAAUAUGAACUAGUGGAAUAUGAAAUUGGUCGUCCUGGAGUAACUUAUACCAAAUGGGCAGCCGGAAUGGCUGUUGGUACACAUGCUGAGGUCCCAUGGAUAAUGUGCAAACAGACCGAUGCACCUGAUCCAAUUAUAAACACCUGCAAUGGGUUCUACUGUGAGAACUUCAUUCCAAAUAAAUACUAUAAACCUAAAAUGUGGACAGAACUCUGGGGUGGCUGGUUACAGAAAUUUGGUGGUCCAACUCCAUAUAGACUGGCAGAAGACAUGGCAUUUGCAGUGACAAAGUUCAUACAAAAUAAUGGUACAUAUUUUAAUUAUUAUAUGUAUCAUGGAGGAACAAACUUCGGCAGGACUGCUGGGGGUCCAUUUAUUUCCACCAGUUAUGAUUAUGAUGCUCCAAUCGAUGAAUACGGGCUAACUAGGGAACCAAAAUACACCCAUUUGAGAAACUUGCAUAAUGCUAUCAAGCAAUCUGAAGAAGCUCUGGUCUCCAAUAACCCCAUGAUUGCAUCACUUGGGAAAAAUCAGCAGGCUUAUAUUUUCAAGUCAAAAUCUGGUGUUUGUGCUGCAUUCCUAUCAAACUACGACCAGCGAUAUUCUGUAACAGUUAGAUUUGGAGAUGGUCGAUAUAAUCUGCCUCCUUGGUCUAUCAGCAUUCUUCCUGACUGCAAGACCGAAACUUUUAACACUGCAAAGAUCAAUGCCCAUGGCGUGCAUAUGAGGAUGGUGCCAUAUAGUUGGGGAUUCUCGUGGGAGUCAUACGAUGAAUGGGUUGCCACUGCUUCUGAUAAAGCUUCAUUCUUGGUAGAUGGGUUAAGGGAGCAAGUAAGUGUCACCUGGGACACCACAGACUAUUUGUGGUACAUGACAGAUAUCACUAUAAAUGAAGAUGAAGGAUUUCUAAAGACUGGAAAGCUACCUUACCUCAGUGUUGCAUCAGCAGGCCAUGCUUUGCAAGUUUUUGUCAACGGUCAAUCAGUUGGAAAUGCUUAUGGGAGUUAUGAAACUCCAAAACUAACAUUUAGCGGCAGCCUGAACCUGAAAGCUGGUGUCAACAAGCUUGCUUUGUUAAGCUCUACUGUUGGCCUCCCGAACAUUGGCCUGCAUUUUGAUACAUGGAAUGCUGGGGUUCUUGGCCCAAUUACAUUGGAGGGAGUCAAUGAUGGAAAAUGGGACUUGUCACGAUGGAAAUGGUCCCACAAGAAAGGCCUAGAAGGUGAAUCUUUAGGUGUUUUUUCAUUCAAAGGAACCUCCUCUGUGAGGUGGGCAGGAGGAUCAUCAUUGGCCAUAAAGAGGCCUCUGACUUGGUACAAGACUAAUUUUGAAACGCCAGGAGGAAAUGAACCAUUGGCUCUAGACAUGACUAGCAUGGGAAAAGGUGAGGUAUGGGUAAAUGGGCAAAGCAUUGGGCGCCAUUGGGCUGCAAACAAAGCAAGUGGCGGAGGCUGUGGCAAAUGCACUUACAUUGGAUAUUACAAUGAAAAUAAAUGCCUCAGUGGUUGUGAGGAGGCCUCUCAAAGAUGGUACCAUGUUCCACGCUCAUGGCUGAAGUCAAAUGGGAACCUAUUGGUCGUGUUUGAAGAAUGGGGUGGUGACCCCAGGGGGAUUUCCUUGGUCAAAAGAACAAUAUAAACAUUAUUU